GCGGGCUGGCCUCUCCGUGUGACGGUAUUUGUGUCGUCGUUCUGCUGCUGUGUCGCUACCGUCGUAACAGCGCACGUAAGACAGAAAGAGAGAAAGAGAGAAGAAAGAAAGAGAGAGAGAGAGAGAGGUGCGACAGAGGAAAAGAGAGAGAAAGAGAGAGAAAGAGCGACACUAGUGUGUGUACAUGAGACAGUUGUUCGCUCUUGCGUUCUCUGUGUGUCGUCGGCCAAAAAUAGACAAAUGCACGACGAGCGCGCGUCGUCGUCGUGGUCGUCGUCGUCGUCGGUGGUUCCUCGUAUUUCCAUCUCCUUCUGUUCGUCGACGACGAUGCUCGUCGACUGUUGAGAGGAGUGAGACCGCAGCGACGAGAUCAGCGAUCUCCGGGGAGAUGGAGGUGCUCAAGACGUCUCAGGAGAUCGUCCACGAAGGAUGGCUCAUCAAAUCGCCGCCCACGAAACUCUGGAGAGCGCGAUGGAGGAAACGCUGGUUUGCCCUUCGUCAUAGCGGUGAGCUACCUGGCCAAUACUUCUUGGAAUAUUACACGGAUAAACGUUGUCGCAAACUCAAGGGUCGUAUCGACUUGGAUCAGUGCGAGCAGGUGGAUGCAGGUCUUCGUUUUGAGAAUCGUAAACAGAAAUACCAGUAUAUGUUCAAUGUUAAGACACCCAAGCGGAUCUAUUAUUUAGUGGCUGAGAAUGAAGCUGAUAUGAACAAGUGGGUGGAUGCUGUGUGCCAAGUUUGUGGUCUGAAAGCGUAUACUCAGGAUGAGGAACAACAAAUGUUUCAGUACGAGUCCCAAGAGUCGCCACCAACUUCACCUACUAGCACGAUCUCUGGUCCAUACAUUCCCAUUAGCGAGUGCAUUUCUGGUCGUCGUCUUAAUGACACCAGCUCGUUGAGCUCAGCCCUUGGCCAAGGACCUGAACAUUACGAUGCGCCGAGAAGAUUAGCACCCUCGCCGCCUCGGUCACCAACGACGACAGAUGCCGAGAGCGUGUUCACCGAUGACGAGUGGACAACGCCUGUGCCCAGUGUGAAUUGGGAUACGUUUCCUUCGACGGGUGAUUCACGGCCACCUCAUGGUUCGAGUGACGCCGAGAUCGGUUCAUGGAGCGUGAAGAAACGCUUUGGCAAAUUGAAGAUCGUCGACUCUGCGGUGCCGUCGGCCACAGAGAAGUUGUCGGCUCCACCUAGACCACCAAAACCACCUCAUAUGUUAUCGGAGAAUCCGGGUCACAAUUAUUUGAACUUGGACGGCGCCAUCGAGAGCUCGAAACCGACCACUCCGGCGACGCCGGCGCCGAUCACGCCAGUCGCGACUGCUACCGCCGCUGUGACCGACGAGUCGUACGAUUUUCCCAGAUCUCAUCAACCGGCGCAACCAACAGCCAGUGUCGAGAACACAGCGGCCGAUCAGUCGUCGAAGCACUUCUAUUCGAACGCCGCGCCGAGCACCGUCGACGAUAAUGCGCAAGUGUUCCGUUACGAUUUCCACGAGGAUGAGCCGCCGAGUCCGCGCUCCGAGAGUUCCACCACUGCGACUUACUCGAAUCUACCGAGCCCGCUCGUGCGAGACGGCACGAGCAGCGUACCGACGACCACGGCGCCGCUACCACCGGUAGUCUACCGAGACCUGAAGCCGGGUAGGAAGACCAGCGACUCGAUGUCCAUCGUCAGCAACGAGCCGUCACCGAGUCCUACGAUAGCGGCGGCCGAGGUAAGCUCCACCGAGCAUUCACCAGCCGAACCGCCGAGUAUCAAUAGGAAGUUGAAGCCACCGUUAAAUAAAUCGCCGGUGGAAGGACCUUUGCAAUUAGCUUCUCCUCCUGGCAAAGGAAGGAUGAGAGCGGCGCCCAGCCCGACGCCCCCGUCGCACGUACAUACGACACGUCAUCAAUCGACAUCAGACGAAGACAACAAUGCCUUCGACGAUAAAGAGGAGAUAUACUAUUAUCAUGACCACGACACGUUCAUUCCCGCGUCCAAUCGGCGCUUGGUUGUGCUGCAAUAUCUGGAUCUCGACUUGGAGGCGACCGAGAGUUUCAGCUCGUCGACGUUACCAUUGGCGCAGUCGCCGCCGAACACGACAGUGUACAAAACCGUAGAUUUCGUGAAGACCGAGGCUUUCAAUCGUACUCGACAGCGAGUCGAGGAGGAGAGGAAGCAAUGCACGGAUGGUUAGCGUAAGAUCGUUUUAUUAUUCAUUCACUGGAUGAAUCAUGCGGAAAUCGAAUAGAUUAAGGUUCAUGUAACGAACUACCUGUAACGAAGAGACAGAAAGAAGAUCAUGGAACUUGCUUCCUUGUAUUUAAGCAUUAUAACGCGUAUGCAGAACAAUACUGCGACGGUGCAGUAUACCUCCCGUACGAAAGACUGCGAUGUCAACGCAGUACUUACCGCAAGACGGCAUCCAGUGCUUUUAAGAAAGCAAAGAGUAUCUUAUGAUUUAUAUAGUAGCAGCGGUUCGCUUCAUAAAUUGGCUAUGCUGUUAGGAGAAAGAUCGGUUCUCGAAGCGUUGUGUAGCAAUAUAAAAUGGACCAAAAAUCUAAUGUUAUUAGGUAAAGAAGAGAGCGACGGCUGCGAUGAGCGAGGGAGAACGCCUUUGCGUCGAUCGCCGUUUUCGAGAGAAAUCCCUUGACUCGGGACUUCUUCGAUUAGAUUAAGUAUUAUACAAGUCGUAAAGAUUCUUAUAUUUGGGUACAAUCAAUGGUUUUACGUUAAUUUUAAUGUAGGUUUAACGCGAAAGGCACUUUUAUCGUCGACCGUGCAACGAAUGCUUAAUUAGCGGAUCUAAUUCACGAAAUCUUAUUUGCGAAAAUUCAGCGAAUUUCGUUGAUUAAAUCCGCUUAUAUUAAGGACUUCCUAUUUUUUAGUAUACUAGGUAAAUGAUAUAUGAUAUUUUUUUAUCGUGUCGCACGCCAAACGCAAUCAAUUUCGCCAAGGCAAUCGAAGGAAUGUUUUUACAAGGAAUCGUCGCAGCUGUGUGUGUGUGACGUCAACGAGAAAAUGUACUGACAGAAUAUGUCGGAUUUCGAUACACGUUGCGUAGAGUCUGUCGACGAGGGGACUAGUCUACUAUUUUGACUUCGAAUAUUACAUGCCUUGGUUAUAUUUUUUUACACAAGGAUAAUUUUUUACAAUCUUAUCAACAUUUUAGAUUCAUGUUUUACACUUGUUUUCGUGAAUCGGUACGAAUUUUAGUUACUACUUAGCACUUUGCGAUGCACACAUUCUCGCAACUGUUCUCUAGUAACAUUAUUAGCGUCAACAGGAAAAUUGGAGUGUGCAUCCAGGAAAAUUGAGAUGUGCAUCCCAGUUGGCCUAUGACUAUUUUUAAUUGUUAUAACGUGCAUGCCAUAAAUGUAUAUGUGUACAUUGUACGCACACGUAUCAACACAUACGCACGCACGCGCGUACACGAACAACGCGAUUUUAUUUUUGUAUAAUGACGAUAUUGUAAUUUUAAAGCAAAUUGUUACAUCAUUGUGAAUUAAUCGUGAAUUAAUCGGAACGAUAAUAUUAUAUAGUUCGCGAUCGUGGUCUCCUCAAGAGAUAUUCUUCGUAGUUUGAAAUUACGAUACGUGUAAAGCUGUUUUAAUGUUGCAGAUUGAGUUCGUAGCAAUGCGCAAACGCGGGGAGUGACAAUUUGUCAAAUCUUCCAGAUCCGGAGUGAUUGUGAUGUCGAGCUAAGUGUAAUAGUUGCUACGGAUUCAUUCGUACAUUCUUUGCGUUUUACGUAUGUGAUCAUCAGGCUUGUGAAGUUAAUAGACGUCGAAAAUUUUGCAAUAUAUUACUCGUACGAGUUGGAUAUCGUGUUCUCCAGAUCGCUCAAGCGCGUCGGUCAUCGCCCUACAGUUAUACUUUAUAUGUCGACAUUGAAUGUUAUCAGAUUCUGUUUUUCAUCGAGAAGGGAAGAUACGCGUUGGAAUCGAUGCGACAUUGCACAAAAACAUAUCCUGUAACAUCUCAUAUCGACCAAAUAUUUGUCACGUGUAGUACGAAUUGUAUAUCCCACCAAUUGUACGGUAGAUUUAAAUAGAUUGGUUUAUUCCUUUCGUUUAUACAUCGAAUGGCGCAUCACGCGUGUACAUUGCAUAUCAUUAAAACGAGUAUAAGCACAAA